CGUUUUGUUCAAGUGUCGAAAAUGAGCGAUCAUCCAGGUUCCUCUGAAAGUCGGGCGUCUGGUGACGCUUCUGCUGUCCAAGAAUUGGUUGUUAUCGGAUUGCGGGAUCAACUUGGAGAAUUUGGAUUGCAUGCAGUUCAGCCUAAAACCGAUUGUCCGCACAUGUCAUUGGUUCAGGCUGCAUUUGAAGGACUGGUUUCAAAAGAAGGCGCAGUUGUUCCUGAAGGUAUAAAAUGCAGCAAUUGUCCCGAUUCAGCGAAUGCAGUGGACAACAAUUGGAUCUGUCUCAUUUGUUACGAGAUUUUGUGCGGAAGGGACAAGGCUGAACACAUGAUGAUGCAUAGUGUGGAAAACGGUCACCUGACAUGCAUCAGUUUUGACGAUUUGUCCAUUUGGUGUUACGCCUGUGAUUCGUAUUUGGAUCACUUCAGGCCGGAGUUGUCGCCGAUUUAUCAGCAGUUCCACAUCGCCAAGUUUGGAUCUCCGAGUCCCGCGUUUCCGAAUCCUAACGCUACGAAAAUUUGAUUGUGAAUGAAGAUCUGCUUUUCUUUGACA